AUGAAAGUUUUAGCAGUGUUUCUGGUAGUUGCCGCAGCUUGUGCCACUGCUCUUGAAAUUUCGGUAAACGUUUCUGUGUCAGGUUCAGCGAAAAAUAUCGUUUGCUACUUCACAAGUUGGACUGUAUAUAGAAAUGGAACUGGCCAUUUCGAUGUGGAAGAUAUAGAUCCGUCCCUAUGUACACAUCUUGUAUUUGCAUUUAUAGGUAUUACCGCUGAUGGGAAAAUUCAUUUACUAGACGAGUGGGAAUCUAGUGACGACGGAUUAGCGGGUUUUUCCCAUUUUACUAACCUAACUCAAGCCAACCCAGACUUAAAGCUCUUGGUCAGUAUGGGUGGAUGGAACGAGGCCUCGAAAAAUUACUCAAUAGUUGCAGCUGAUUCCGCGAAACGUAAGGUUCUUGUUGAAGAAGUCGUGCAGUUCCUUGAUGACCACAAUUACCAUGGGUUUGAUCUCGCAUGGCUCUAUCCAGGAAUAAGAGAUGGUUCUGAUAGUGAACACGACGCUGCAAAUUAUGUAGAACUCCUUAAAGAACUUAAAGCAGCCCUAUCUGCAAAGGGAUACAUAUUGUCCGCCGCUGUCUCUGGAGGAAUUACUAACAUGGAUAUAGCUUACCAGAUCCCUCUUGUGAGCGAGCUCUUAGAUAUAAUUAACGUUAUGGUCUACGAUUUUCACGGUUCUGCGGAAACACAUGUUUGUCAUUUUGCACCAUUGACUGCAUCGAGCAAAGAUGAUGAUGGCAAUGCUACUUUGAAUGUCAAAUCUGGUAUCCAGCACUGGAUAGACAAAGGAGCCGAUCCAGCUAAGUUGCACCUUGGAGUCGGCACUUAUGGCAGAACUUUCACAUUAGCUGAUCCAAAUAACGCAGAACUUUAUGCCCCUGUUACCGGUCAGGGAAGAGCUGGUCCAUAUACGAAUGAAGACGGUAUUCUAGGGUAUAUUGAGAUUUGUGAAUUAUAUAGCAACUGGACUUAUGUCUGGGACGAUGACCAACAGGUACCCCACAGGGUGUCUGGCGAUCAGUGGGUUGGUUACGACGACGAGAAGUCUGUCACUCUGAAGGCUGAGUAUGCCAACGAGAAAAAUUUGGGUGGUAUGAUGGUAUGGUCUCUCGACACCGACGAUUUCGUUGGUAUUUGCGGAGGCGAAACUUACCCACUUAUACGUACAAUGAAGAAAACAUUGAAUAUUAUAACUAGUUCGUAA